AUGGCCAUCAAUUCAGAGGAUUUCCUGCAUCUUGCCAGGCCCAUCGCGGCUGCGCACCCCGGCUACAGCAACAAUGUCUCCCCUCUCUCCGUCAACAUCCAGCCACAGGCUAUCCUCUCCAUACUCGACCACGCCGUGAGACGAGACCUCCGAGAAGACCAGGGCGCGACCCGCGUUAUCGGCGCGCUGAUCGGGAUCCGCUCCGAGGACGGCACCGAGGUUGAGGUCCGCAACUGCUUCGCGAUCCCGCACACCGAGACAGAGGACCAGGUCGAGGUCGACGUCGAGUACCAGAAGAACAUGCUGGCCCUAUCGCUCAAGGCCGCCCCCCGCGAGACCCUGCUGGGCUGGUACACGACCAGCCACGAGCUCAACUCGUUCUCCGCCCUCAUCCAGAACUUCUUCGCCGCCCCGGACACCGGCACCUUCCCCCAUCCCGCCGUCCACCUGACCAUCUCGACCGAGCCCGGCCAGGACAUCCAGACGCACUGCUACAUCUCGGCCCCGGCGGCCGUGAACCCCGACAGAGCCGCCGAGUCGUGCCUGUUCAUCGAGGUGCCACACAAGCUGCAGUACAGCGAUGCCGAGCGGUCGGCGCUCGAGACCAUCUCCAGCGCAGCCAACUCGGACGCGCGGAUUGCACCGAUGCUGACGGACGUCGAGGGUCUGGCCCGCACGCUCGAGCAGACAAGCGACCUUCUGGAGCGGGCCAGUGGGUUCGUGGGCGAGGUGCUGGACGAGGAGCGCGAGCCCAACCAGGCCCUCGGCCAGUUCAUGAUGAACAACCUGUCUCUAGCACCCAAGGUGGACAACUCGUCCAUCGAGCACGACUUCAACAACCACAUACAAGACGUCCUUAUGGUCUCAUAUCUCGCAAACACCAUCCGCACUCAGAUCGACCUGGCACAAAGGUUGGCCACGUCAGCACUGGUAGCAGGAGAGAAGGACGAGAAGAAAGAGGGAGAGGGCGAGAAGACCGAGCGGGGAGGCGGCCAGCGCGGAGGGAAGCGAGGUGGACGGGGAGGCGGCAGAGGCGGCCAACCAAGAGAGCCGCGGGAACCCAGGGAGAACGGAGAGUAA